AUGGAGAAAUGCAGGUCGUUCCCGGACUCCUCCUAUUACUCCUCCGUCGCCGGCGGUGGAUCCGGCCACGAGAACCUCUCCACCUCGUACAGCUUCAACGGGCCGAGCGGGAAGGGCGAGGGCUUCGCCAGCGCGGCCGACCCCGAGCUGAAGCGGAAGCGGCGCGUCGCCUCCUACAACUCCUUCGCCGUCGAGCGCAAGCUCAAGUCCUCCCUCAGCAACAGCUUCAAGUGGAUCAAGAACAAAUUCGCCGACGCCCGCUACGGAGUCUAAUCGACAAAGGCACGUAUCAAUAUAUCAAUCCAUCCAUCCAUCUAUCCGUCUAUACAUGUGUCCUCUUUUCGAUUGAAUCUUUUUUCUAGGGAUUUGGCUUGUUCUGUUGUCUAUCCUGUGUGGAAGUCAUUAGCUAGGGUUUGAUGGUUUGGGGUGGAUAAAAAUUGGAACUUUGCAGUUGUUCAUGAAGCCUCUGUUCAUCUUUGAGCUGCCUUUGUUCAUCUUCGAACAUUUUCCCAAAUUCCAAGUUUCAUGAAUUUCUCU